AUGAAACUCCUGAAGCCGUGGGGGUCGGCCGGCGGCGGCCUGCUGCACCUCGCACUGCUGCUGAGCUCGGCGGGGCUCCGCGAGGACCGGGACCUCUCCCUGCUGCUGCUGCUGCCGCCGCGCCCCCGGCUCCGGCACGAGCCGCCGGUCCUGGGCUGCCCGACCCGCUCCGCCUGCGCGCUCAGCCCCUUCCCGGCCCCUGGAGGAUGGGGGCGCGCCAGCCCGCUGCACCCCAAGGACCGGGAGCCGGAUACCGUGACGCCCCUGGAGGGCCUGCUGCUCCGCGAGGUGCGCGCGCUCGGGGUCCCCUUCAUCCCCCACACCCGGGUGGAUGCGUGGCUGGUGCACAGCGUGGCGACCGGGGAUGCAGACGGGACCCACGAGCUGCUGGGCGCCGCUGCCUCGUCGGCCGUGGGAGACGGCAGCGGCCAGGCAGCAGCGGGGGGCGGCGGGGACCCCCGAACAGCUCACAGCAGCCCGGUGGCCGCCGUCGAGGAGCAGAAGGCAGCCGAGGAACCGACGGCGCAGGUGCGCGACGCAGACGGUCGCGCGAGCCAGGAGAAUGAGAUACUGAGAGAGAGUGAAGCUGUGUAUCACAGCAUUCAGCAUGAGGAAGAAUCAGCUCUUGAGAAUCCACAACAGCAGAAUGAUGGAGGUGAAAGUAAGAGGUCAGAUACCCCAGACUGGAAGGCCGAAAAGGCUGUUGGCUCCAGGAUUGAGAGUAUCUCAUUGGAAGGCAUUCCUCCUUGCCCAGGCAGUAUGAAUCAAAGUCUGAAUUCUUCAGCACAUUAUAACACAAUUUUUAACCAAGUUAUAAGUCAUGAUGUGAAUCUUCACGAAGCAAUGUUGCUGUGUCCCAACAACACACUUACAGAUUCAGUAGCAAGAACUUCACAUGCCCAAGAACCAUUUCUGCAGUUGAAUUCACAUAUUAAUCUUGAGCAAGCCCUUACUGCCAUUAAUUUGACAGGAUCACUCCAACUUGUUGACAACCGAACAAGGAAUCUGACAAACCUAGACCUCCUAUACGACCUUGAUGGAAAUAUGUUUGAUGAAAUAACCCUAAUGUCAUUGGCAACAGAAGUAGGUUUUGAUCCAGUGGAAGUUUCUCAACUUUUUGAAGAACCAGACUGUGAUUCUGGGCCAAGUUCAAGUCACAAAAGCACAUCUAUGAUCAAGUCUAAUUCUUCUCACUCUACAUAUAAUGGUGCUCUAGGUUCUAACAGUUACCUUCCAUCUCUUUGUCAUUAUGAGUUAGAAGGGGCUGUAGGUGGCUACUCCCCAGAACCCAGUAAAUUUUGUCAUAUGGAUCAUAGAAAUAAAUGUGGUUUUCAUGAGGAUCUUGCAUGCCAGCAUAUAUUUCACAACCACACUUACCAUUUACAUCCAGGUGAACAAGAACCUACUUCAGAACCCAGGAAAUCACAUACAAUAAGCAGGUACCUUGAUGACACAGAAAGAACCUUGAGCCGUGAUGAACAGCGUGCUAAAGCUCUGCACAUUCCUUUUUCUGUAGAUGAAAUAGUCCACAUGCCUGUUGACUCUUUGAACAACAUGUUAAGCAGGUACAACCUGACAGAUUUGCAAGUUUCUCUCAUCCGUGAUAUCAGACGUCGAGGAAAAAAUAAAGUUGCAGCACAGAACUGCCGUAAACGCAAAUUAGACAUCAUUGUAAACCUAGAUGAUGAUGUAUGUAAUUUGCAAGCAAAGAAAGAGGCCCUUGAAAGAGAACAAGCUCAGUAUUACAAAGCUAUUGACAUAAUGAAACAGAAACUGCAUGACCUUUAUUGUGAUGUCCUUAGUAGGUUAAGAGAUGACCAAGGUAGACCAGUCAACCCAAGCCAGUAUGAACUUCAGUGCAGCCAUGAUGGAACGGUUUUGAUUGUACCCAAAGAACUGGUGACAUCUAACCACAAAAAGGAAGCCAGGAAAGGAAAAAGGGAAGAUUUAUGACUCAUUUGGACCACAAACCACUUUCCAAAUUUCGACUUAUCCCAAAGUCAAGUGAAGCUUGUAUUAAUAAGUGCCUAGGACUAAAGUUUGUAUUUUGGGAAGGUGGGAGGAAUAGUUUUCCUGGAAGCCUCUUGAGUUAUAUUCCUAUGAAAUGUGUAAGUAUUCAAACUGGCAAAAACUUCAAUUUGCCAGCUACCUUUUAAUAAGAUGGAAAACUUAGGGCUGGGGCAAGUUUAAAAGCAUCUACCUACAUUGCAAACCUCUCUGUAAGGGUAAUUCCCAGCAUCCACGUUGUUAGAUAUCUAAGUCGCACAUUCAUCAGUUGUAAGAGAUCCUGGUACACCAAUACAUGUAUGCAAUACACAUAUACAAUUAAAAUGGAAAUCUUAAGACAUUCAAGAAGUACUGUGACAUUUAGCUUGUAAAAGUUGUGAAUUUUGUAUUUGAAUUUAUAAACUUUUAAAACCGUCCUAA